AAAUGUAGAUUUUUAUUUAAAUUCAUAUAAAAUUAAUCUUUAAGUGAUUAGUUAGAUUAAUUAUUUACAAUUAUUUAUUAUUAUGUUAAAUAAUUAAUUAUUUAUAGAUUAUAAACUUAAAAUAUAAAAAUAUAAGUUAUUUCUAUAAAAAAUUGUAACAAUUAUUUAAUAAUAAAGAAAAGACAAUUAAAUUAUAUAUUACUUAAAUUAAAAAUAAAUAGUUUAGAAUUACAAUAAUAUUUUUUUUAAAUAACAUCAUAAAAACAUGUAUCGUAUAACUUUUUGAUUAAUAAUAAUAUUAAAAUAUUGUUUCAACAUUAACAUUACGUGAAUAUUUAAUGAACUAUUCAGGUUAUCAGCUUAAAUAUGUUUUUAUAUAUGUACGUGAAAGUCGUAUUUUAAAUUAAAAAUAAAAUUAUCAAGACAUCAUGACAACACAUAGUAAAUCGUUAAAUAUGAAAUGUAUUUUCAUUACAUCAUUAAUAUGGGAAGCUUGUAAAAAUUUAUUAAAUGCUCGUGGUCCUGAUAGAAUAAUUGAAAAAGCUGAAAAUUUAACGCCUAAUUGGUUUGGACACUUUGUUGCUUCUAUAUUAUGGAUGCAAGGUUCUAAUUUGAUUGAACAGCCUGCCAUAGAUUGUAAUGGUAAUAUUCUUCUUUGGAAUGGAGAUAUAUUUUUUGGAAACUUGGCUCAAGAUAAUACAUGUGAUACUAACAUAUUACUAAAUACUUUACAAUUAUCUUCAAAUAUAUUAUCAGUAUUUAAAGAAAUCCAAGGCCCAUAUAGUUUUAUAUAUUUUCAGAAAACCAAUAAUCUCUUAUAUUUUGGAAGAGAUAUUAUAGGAAGACACAGUUUACUUUUAAAAGUAAACACCGAUGAAAAUAUUUUAACUUUGACAUCUGUGGCCAGUAAACAAAUAAAUAAAAUUAUAGAGAUUCCUGCAAUUGGAAUUUUUGUUAUGAAUUUAACUAAUUUAAGAGUAAAUCUUGCAUGUUACCCAUGGAAAGAACCAGAUUUGCGAUUUACAGAUAUUAUUGAGACAUUGGAAACACAUUUGGGUAUAGACAUUGAUAUUAAAAAAACUAUAUUAAAAUCAGAUGGAUUGACAUAUCUACAUUUACAUCCUCAUAUUAAAGAUUUGGAAUAUUUAGAAAAUAGCCCUUAUUUAGAGAAUUUUUGUAAAAUAUUAGAAUAUUUAUUAAAAAAUGAAGAUAUUCAUAAAAGAGUUGAGCAUUUGUUGCAACUUCUUUACAAAGCUGUAGAAGUUAGAAUCAAAAAACAGCCAAAAUUUUGUAAAACAUGUAUUAAAUUAGUUUUAAACAAAGAAAAUAUUAUAUGCAAUCAUUCAAAAAUAGGUAUACUAUUUUCUGGAGGCUUGGAUUCUGCUAUUUUAACAUUAAUUGCUGAUAAAUAUAUAUCACAAAAUGAACCUAUUGAUUUAAUUAAUGUUGCAUUCGAAAAGUUAAUUAAUAAAAAAUCUAACAAUGGAAAUAAUGAAAAACAAGAUAUGGAGAAUCAAUAUGAUGUUCCAGAUAGAAAAACUGGAAAACAAACAUUUUUAGAACUUACAAAAAUUUGCCCAAAACGAAAAUGGAAUUUUAUAGAAGUAAAUGUCAGCCAGGCAGAAUUACAAAAGUAUCGUUCAUCGCAUAUUUGUAAUUUAUUACAUCCACUAUGUACUAUAUUGGAUGAAAGUUUAGGUUGUGCUGUUUGGUUUGCAAGUCGCGCAAAAGGUAUAAUCCAUUCGGAUACUGAUAUUUAUGAAUCCCCAUGUAGAGUACUUCUCUUAGGUAUGGGUGCAGAUGAAUUAUUCGGUGGAUAUAUGAGACAUAGAACAAUAUUAAGACAUAAAGGUUGGGAUGCUUUAACUCAAGAAUUAAAUAUUGAAUUAGCUAGAAUUUCUGAAAGAAAUUUAGGUCGUGAUGAUCGUAUUGUAUCAGAUCAUGGAAGACAAUCUAGAUUACCAUAUUUAGAUGAAAAUAUAGUGGAAUAUGUUCAAAAAUUAAAACCUUGGGAAAGGUGUUAUCCAACAGAUAAAAUGCCAUCAGGCUUAGGAGACAAAUUACUUUUACGUUUGGUAGCAUAUAAACUUGGUUUCCGAAACACUGCUAAUUUUCCUAAAAGAGCUUUCCAAUUUGGAUCUCGAAUUGCUAAUGGCAAGGAAAAUGCUAAAGAUAUAUCAUAUCGUUUAUAAAAUAAUGAGAACAAAAAUACAUGGAUUUUCAGUUUAACUAAUUUUGAUUUAAAAAUAAUAAAAAAGGAAAAAAUUAAUUAAGAAAAAAAUAAUAGAACACGAUUAUGAUAUUAAAUGUCUUAAUUUUCAUUAUCAUUGUAUUUUAAAUUCAAUGUUAAUACGAUGAUAAAAAUUAAAAAUUAUGCUAUUUAAUAUCACAAUGAUUAUAAAAAUGAUAAUUUAUUAUCCAAAAUAGAAUGAUUUAAAAUAAUAGUUCUAUAUGUAUAGGAAUAUGACACUAAUUAACAUGAAAAGUAAUUAACAUUUCAAAUAGUUGUUUUAAAUAAUAAUUUUAUUAAAAUGCUUGGAUAACAUUUAUUUAUAGCUAUUAAUUAUAUAUAAUUGAUUCGUUUUUUAUAUAAUUUCGAUCAUUUGGUACUAAUUAUUUGUGAAUAUUCAAUACUUUGAAUAAUAAAUUAUUGAAAAACUUAUUAAAA